AACUCGGAGCGUAAUUUUAAUUCGAAUCAAUUUGUUUGUCGCCGCCGCGGCCGCUGCACAGUGGGUCGCCGCCAGAGUCCGGAGAGAGAGCUUGCAUUUGGGGGCUACUACCGUCUGACAGGAUUUACUGGAUCCUUACGGACUGCUAGUCUGCUACUCUUUAUUUUUAUUGCUAUUUUUUUUACGAGUGUGUGCCGCGAGUGCCAUGCGAGUGACACCUCCGCGGUGACAACGCCGCGAAUCGAAUCGAAUUGAAUCGAUCCCUGCGCAGCAUGGACCACCUGAUCAAGCAGCUCCAACUGGCAGCCGCUGCUCGGGCGCAGGCGCAGAUCCACAGUUCGAUGGCACCACAUUCGCAUUCGCAUCCACAGCCGCAUCCUCAUGCGGCGUCUGCCUUGCAGCUAUAUGCGGCAGCCGUCAAUAUGCGUGUGCCCGGUUGGCCACCAUUUUUGGGGCUGCCACCCCCCAUGACGGACACGGAUGCCACCGCUACGGCCGGAUCCGUGUCCACCAGUUCCACCUCCGUUUACAUGCUACGCCAAAUGGCUCUCAUGCAACGGGCUAAUGCAGCAGCAGCGGCAGCCGCCUUGCAACAGCAGCAACAGCAACACCAGCAGCCCCAUGAUCAGGAAUUCCCCAUCAAAGUGGAGCACCAGGAGGAGAGAAAAUCCAAGCAUAAGGAUCAGCGAAUAGGCUCGAUCCAGCGAAUACAUACCAAUAAUAUCAAUGAAUAUGCCCCCAACCAACAACAGCCGUCCCUUGGCCAGGAGGAGGACGAGACGGCCAGCGAGGAGAGCAGCAAUGCACGCGCCCAACCCGAUCCUGCACCCAGUCCGGAUGCAGACCCCACUGCCGAUGCCGAUGGCGAUGCCUCAAAGCGGCGACGGUGCCGCACCAACUUCAGCUCGUGGCAACUGGAGGAACUGGAGCGAGCAUUCCUCAGCAGCCACUAUCCGGAUAUCUUCAUGCGCGAGGCCCUGGCCAUGCGCCUGGACCUCAAGGAGGGACGGAUAGCGGUCUGGUUUCAGAAUCGUCGCGCCAAGUGGCGCAAGAAGGACCACACCAAGAAGGGUCCCGGCCGACCGGCGCACAAUGCCCAGCCGCAGAGCUGCAGCGGUGCGCCCAUUCCGCUGUCCGAGCUGAGGGCCAGAGAGCGGGCGCAGCGGUGCAAGCGAAUGGGAAAGUCGAUCGAGAGACAGGCGCGCAAGCUGCGACUCAAGGGAAUCGAAGUGAAUAUGGAACGUUUGAGGGCUGACUAUUUGGCGGCCCACAAGGACGACUGGCAGGUAUUGGAACUGGGACUGGGGCAUGGCUACGUCGACGACGAGGAGGAGGAGCAGGAGGAUGAUGAGGAGGAGGAGCAUGACGAUGAGCUGCCCAUCGAUGUGGUGAGCGUGGGCGACAGUCAGGACAACUCGUACAGCUCCUCGAGGACCUACCAAAGGAGCAUCGGCAGCGAGCCCGACGAGCAUCGAGGCCGCGUGAUGAUCAAACUGGAGCCACCACCAAAAGGUGCCCCUCCCUCCCAGCACAAGGGUCUCUACAACUCGCCCUUCAGCAUCGAAUCCCUUUUGGGAACAUAACGAAUGUCGAUAUCGAUAUCGAUAGCAGAUGGAACGAAUAGAUUUGGAUUUGGUGACUAGCUAAAGACUUAAGUAUACAAUUU